GAAAAAGAAAAUAAUUUCGAGAGAAAGAAAAAAGAAAAGAAAAGAAAAACAAAAAACAGAGAGAGAGAAAGAGAAGAAAGCUUGAAGCUUGAAACCCAGUGAGUGAGGUUCGAGAUUUGUAUGCAAAAUUCCUCAACUUUGCAAACCUCAUAGUUCAAUCAAUGUGCAACUCCUUCGUUUUCCCCCUUCAAAGUCACUACCUUUAGUAUUCAAUCUUCUUCAUUGUGCUUCCUUCCAUUCCAAUUUCAAUUUUCCCCUGUUACUCUGUUUUCCCCAAACUCACUGAUCUCGCACCCUUCUACUUCAAAUUUCGCAAUUUGAACUCCGCAGCAUUGGAAUUUGGUCAAAAUGAGGGUUCAAUUUGGUGCAGCGAUGUGAUGUUUCGUCACAGCCAUGGUGUUUCCGACCCGGGUUUGGUGAUUCAAACUUAGGGUUUUUGAUUUGGGAUUCAAUUCAACGAAGUCGGUUUGAUUUGAGGGGUUUCGCGCUUGGAGUUUUUGCGGUUUGAUCUCUAGGGUUUUGGCUACCGGAAGAUGAGAUUUGGGUUUGCAUUGUGCGGUCAAUUGGUUGCUGAAUUCGGGUUUGUUUGGGUGUAGAGGUAACAAACAGUGUUCUGGUUCAGAAUUGCAUGUUUCUUCUCUCUGGGGUUGCUGUUAUUAGUGUAAUUCAUGCAUCUGGUUGGUCUGAUAUGCAGUACUACUUGUAGCUAGUUGAUUUGUGAUUAGCUGUUAUGGGGGAGGGGAAGUUUAGAGUUCUUUGGAAGCGGAAAUAACUGCGAUUUUGGCUCGAAUUGGGGUUACGGGUGGGUGGGUCGUUUUUCUGAUUCGUUGGGCGUUGUAUGAAUCUGUUUGGUCAGAAAUGCAACCCCAGCAGAGCUCAAGAAUUGAUUUGGGUGAAUUAAAGGCACACAUUGUAAAGAAGCUUGGAGUGGAUAAGUCAAAGCGGUACUUUUAUUACUUGAACAGGUUUCUGAGUCAGAAGCUGGCCAAGAAUGAGUUUGAUAAGUUGUGUUUUCGAGUACUUGGGAGGGAGAAUCUUCCGUUGCACAACCAUUUUAUAAAGUCAAUUUUGAAGAAUGCCUCCCAAGCAAAGACCCCGCCACCAAUCCAACCAUCCGGUCCCCUGAAGUCUGUUGAUCGUGCUACAGACAUAUCUCCUGGUAGAGAAGAUGGGCAUGAACAGAGUGUUGCCAGCUUCCAGAAUCAAAAUCAAAAUGCGACCAUAUGGUCGAAUGGGGUUUUGCCUGUAUCCCCACGAAAGGUUAGGUCUGGAAUACGUGAUCGGAAGUUGAGGGAUAGACCAAGCCCUCUUGGACCAAAUGGGAAGGUUGAUUCUGUUUCUCACCAGUCCAUGGGCACAGAAGACAGUGGUAGUAAAGUUGAUAUGGAGAAUGGAAUUCUUACUCCAUGUGAUUAUCUGAGACCGACACAGCAUCUUCUAGCUGUUGCUGAGCUACCUGAGGAUGAAAGGGCGGAUGCAGUUCAGCGACCUGCAGAAAAACCAAGAAUACACGGCAAAGGGCCAGCAGAAAUGUCAAUUGUUGAAGAUGGGGAAGAAGUGGAUCAGUUUAACCGCCUGAAUUUCUCUAGAAGUCCCUUGAUAGCACCACUUGGGAUUCCUUAUUGUUCAGCAAGUGUAGGUGGGGCUCGCAAAGCAUUGCCAGUGUCUAGCAUUGGUGAUUUUGAUAGUUGCUGUGACAGUGGUUGGUUGUCUGAUACAGAUACGCUGCGAAGGCGAAUGGAGCAGAUUACUGCAGUACAGGGUCUUGGAGGUGUUUCCAUGGAAUGUGCCAAUGUGUUGAAUAACAUGUUGGAUGUAUACUUGAAACGGUUGAUCAGGUCUUGUGUUGAAUUAGUGGGAGCUAGGUCCACGAAUGAUCUGAGGAAGCCCCCUGCCCCCAAACAGCAGAUUCAUGGUAAGGUCAUAAAUGGUGUGAGGCCAAGUAAUCAUCUACACAUGCAGAAUACUGGUGGGCUGGCAGAGCCUGUGCCUGAACAUAGACCACCAUGCUCAAUUUCUUUGCAUGAUUUUAAAGUUGCCAUGGAGCUAAAUCCACAGCAACUUGGAGAAGAUUGGCCACUGAUGUUGGAGAAAAUAUCCAUGCAAUCGUUUGAGAAAUAACACAUUUAUGAGGAUUUGUCUUAUGCAAAGCCAGAAGGUCUUCUGUUCUUUCUGCGAGUAUGAACCAGAUGGCCCCAAUGCUUCUAGACCUUUCAGGAUGAAAUACUGGUUUUGACCUUCAAAUUGUCUUAUCUCUGGAUUCUCUGCUAUUUAUAGGGCAUGGUUGGGUCAACAAUUUAUUUAACUGCAACCAAGGGUACUAUCAAAUCAAACCCAGGAUUGGUUGCAUUGUUGUAUGUUGUUAGCAUUGAUGUUGGCUGUAGCUAGAGAUCUCAAAGCUUUUCUUUGCUUUACAGCCAACGAAAAAGAAAAUUAAGAAAGUUUUGCAGGGGUGCUGUUUGUAGCUGGGGGAAGGAACUAUAACAUGUAUAAGAGCUGCAGGGUUGCUCUGUAUGUAUUUUUAGAUUGAUUGGAAUUCAAUAUCAAUAACACAUUAACAUCUAUUGAAGUUUCCCUGAUGAUUUUAGUUCUAUGGUUGAAUCCCCUGAUGUCAAAAUUCACCAAUAGUUGAAGUAAUGUUUUUGUUUUCUA